ACUAUAAAUCCCGUGUACUCGUGUACGAGAGUCACCAAUAUAAAUACUUGGGAAAAUAUAAAAAUUUCGAUAACAAAACUCAAAUAAGUACAACAAACACAGCAUAAUGUAUCGGCUUAUAUUACCAGUAUUUGUAUUAUUCGUAACAGCCAAAAUAGCAGCACAUCCUUUGGACUUAUCAGAUUUUAAGCAAGAAGUUAUAGAGCUUACAAAAGUACUACACAAUGAAUGUGUAGGGAAAACAGGUGUGAAUGAACAAAUAAUAGAUAAAGCGAAAGAGGGUGUUUUCGAAGAUGACGUUAAAUUUAAGAAAUAUUUGUCGUGUUGCUGGGUCACCUCAGGUGUGAUGGAAAAGUCGGGAAAACUGAAUGAAGACAUGCUUAUUGGUUUCAUACCUCCUAAGUAUAAAACAACUAUUGGGAAAUCAGUUCUGACAUGUCAAAAAAACGUUGCAGGUAUAAAACCUCUUCAUAAUAUGGUAUUUGAAAUGGAAAAAUGUAUAUAUGCCGCUGCGCCAGAGCUGUUUGUUAUGUUUUAAAACGAAAAUUACUUCUCUAAUAGACCUGAAGACACUAGCCGCCAUAAUUACUAUUAGAUUAUGUUUAAAUUAAAAAUAGAUGUGAAUUUAGUAUAAUAAAACCUGUUAACAAAAUUAAA